CGCUUUACGCAAUUUUUGCAGUUUUCCGGUCCUUUGCCUAAAAAAUUAUUACUAUAUAGGAUAAAAGUUUAAAACAGAAUUUUAUUUAUUUAUCAACAUUGUAAAAUAUGAGUGCCAUGGGUGAAGAAUUCGAGGAAGAAGGAUGGAUUAACCGUGGCAACCAACAUGGCGAAGAUGAGGCAGACGGCCCCGAAGAGCCGUUGGAAAAUCCCCAGGAAGUGCUCAACGAGUGUCUGGGAAAGUUUGCCACUUCCGAUUACAUUAUGGAGCCCGGAAUAUUCGCACAACUGAAGCGAUAUUUUCAGGCGGGCGGAACACCGGAACAGGUCAUUAACCAGCUAUCGGCUAAUUAUACAGCCGUCGCCCAAAUGGCAAAUCUGCUUGCCGAGUGGCUUAUCUUGGCGGGAGUACGUGUGACCGACGUUCAAGCUAUGGUUGAAAACCACCUGAAAGACAUGAUACUGAAAACGUUCGAUCCGAAGAAGGCGGACAAAAUUUUCACCGAGGAAGGUGAAACGCCAGCCUGGUUGACGGAAAUGAUCGAGCACCACACGUGGCGAUCGCUGAUCUACCGGCUGGCGGAGGAGUACCCGGACUGUCUUAUGUUGAAUUUUACCAUUAAGCUGAUUUCGGACGCCGGCUUUCAGAGUGAAAUUACUUCGAUUUCUACCGCUGCUCAGCAGAUCGAGGUGUUUUCCCGGGUGCUGAAGACGUCCAUUGCGAAGUUUUUGAAUCAUCCGGACGACUGGCAGUCAGCCAUUAGCGAGUGUGCCAAGAUGGUUUGCCACGGGCAGCAUACGUACGUGUACAGUCAGGUGUUGAUACAGGUUCUUUCCCAGGAACCAAAAGGGGGGUUUAUCAUGAAACGACUGGCACAGGAGAUAACAAAAUAUGCACUGAAAAAUAACCACAAUGUGACGCCCAUUACGAUGGCUUUGAACGGUUCUGCCCGACAUCCACAGGCGUGUGAAGCCUUAACUUCUAUGCUGACCAGAAAUGCCCUGAAUCCGGCCGACAUAACGGUGCUGUAUCGGAACUACUCGUCCCCGGAACCGCCACCGAUAGAUUUGAUUCGUAAUCCGCAAUUUUUGGAUCUGUUGGUGGACUCUCUUUUCAAAGUCGGAGUGAAGAUCAAUCAGGAGCACAAAUCCAAGUACAUCUAUCUGUUGGCCUAUGCGGCUAGCGUGUGUGAAACGGUCGGUAAGAAAAGUCAAGCAAAAGGACAACGUACCACCAACAAGGACGAACUGAAGCCCACUAUUCAGGCUAUUGAAAAGGUACACGCCAUUUGUAACGUAAACCGUGGAUCAACGGAGCUGAUUGCCGACAUUUCCACACUGUACAACUGCAUUCGCUUCCCGGUGGUCGGGGUGGGCGUGAUUCGCUGGGUGGAAAACACCGUUACAGAACCGUCGUAUUUCAAGCUCUGCACCGAAAGUUGCCCACUGCAUUUGGCUCUACUGGACGAGGUUGCUUGCGUGCAUUCUUCGCUGCACGAUCAGAUUCUGCGGUUGCUGAUUCAACUGUUUGAAUCCAAACAGGACGAACUGGAAAUCUUGGUACAGCUUGAAAUGAAAAAGAUGCUGCUGGACCGAAUGGUGAAUCUGUUGGCCCGCGGUUGUGUCGUGCCGGUGGUUAAAUACAUCCGUCAGUGCUGCACUCGCGGUGACACCGACAUCUCUCUGAUCAGAUACUUUGUUACGGAGGUGCUGGAGACGAUUACGCAUCCCUACUCGCCAGAAUUCGUGCAGCUGUUUUUGCCGAUGGUAGAGAAUGAGGAAAUUACCGGCUCCAUGCGAGGCGAAGGCGACAACGAUCCGGUGUCGGAGUUCAUCGUUCAUUGUAAGGCUCACUAUACGACGAUUUAGAGCAGCGGGAGCUGGUAAGUGAAUGCAAAUUAAACGAUUUUCCUUGCUGUUUU